AUGACAACAAAAUUAGAGCUAGAAGUUGAGAUAGAAAAAUGUUUAGCAAAGAUUAAUGAUCAGAAUGUCGAAGAAAUGAUUGAAAACAUCGAAAAUCUUAUUCCAGAAUUUGAACCAGAAAGAAUAUUAUCAAUUCUUGUGAGAAUAAUACCUUUGCAAUCCAAAUUUAUAGAAUCUAUCGACGCAAUUUUCAGUGCUCUUAUUAAAAUUCCCAGAUUUGCUUCAUUGAAAUCUCUUUUAUUAAAGAAAGCGCUUUACAGCAAUAGCGACAAUGGACGAUUUUUAGAUAACAGAUUCUAUUUAGUUAUACUUCGUAAGUGCUUCUUGAAUGGCCUCUAUAAGAUUGAUGAAAUUCUCCCUGAAAUAAAGAAAAUAGACUCUCAACACAACGGAUACAAAGCAUAUAUUGGAAUAUUCUUCCUUAAAGAGAUAUAUGAGAAUGAUAAAGAGCUUUUUGAAGUAAUCAAAACAGCAAGGAAGGAUCCAGGCUACAUUUUCCAAGCUUCCACACAUAAUUUACCAUCAUGUGACGAACUUGUUGAAAACGACUAUAAAUUACUCAACAAUUUACUAACAUAUGGACAUCAUGAGCCAAUUGUUGUUUCUAUCAUUAAGGAUGAUGUUGACAUGUUCAUUAAGCUCUAUACCCUUGAUCAAAAUGCAUCAAAAAAGAAGUUUGACGCUUCAAUAUUCUCCAGUAAUUUCUUAUUCAAGGAUUUGACGAUGUUUAACAUUGCAGCACGUAAUGGAUCAAUUCAGAUAUUCAAGUAUCUCUAUGUUAACAAGGCAGAAUUCGAUAGAGAAACAUUUAAUUCUGCAAUUAUCGGUGGAAACCUUGAAAUUAUCAGAAUCUGCAUCCAAAACAACUGUUCAGGAGCUGAAUGCGUUACAACGGCCGCAGUUUACAGGCCAUACGACAUUCUCGAGUGGUUACUUGAGAAUUAUGUUUCAGAAGAAAAUCGUUUGAAAGAACUGGAGAAGGCAUACUACGAGGCUGUCAGAAGUAACUGCUUGUACAGUGUUGUUUACUGCAUACAAAAUGGCGUUGACGUCAAUUCUAAGAAUAAUAAUAAUUAUUCUCAUCCUUUGUUUGCUGCUAUCCAGUAUCCAGCUAUCAUAGAAUAUCUUUUGUCGCAACCAGAUAUCGACGCUAACAAGAGUAAUUACUCAGGAACUCCUUUUGCUCUUGCAUGUGCAAUUGGCUAUGAAGAGACUGUCAGAAUCAUGAUGAAAUCAGAUAAAGUAGACAUAACUCUCCAUGAAACAACAAACGAAUCAGCUCUUGGAUCAGCAAUUGUUAGCGGAAGACUUAAUAUUGUUAAAUUACUUUUGGAUUCAGGGAAAUUCGAUAUCAAUGAACAAAAUUAUAGAGGUGAAACCCCAUUAUACCUGGCUGUUAGCGAAAAUAGACCUGAUGUCGCAGAAUAUUUGUUAUCAAAAGGAGCAAACACAGAAAUCCAGUCCAACCAGGAAUAUACGGCCAUACAACUUGCAAAACUUCGCAAUGAUAAUGCUAUGGUCGAACUUUUGCUGAAAUAUAACGCAAAGGACCUUCCAAAGCCAGAACCUCGCAGCUAUGUCUGA